GAUGGUACCUUUGCGUUUUAGUUCUUCGGUGACAGUGGUCUGGCAGAGAAUGCCGGCACGAGCUGCUUUCUUGGUUAACGUCCCGGGUGCGGGCUGGACGUACAAGCUUAUCGUGGGGCUGGUACUGCUGGAGGUGGGGUCCUGGUGGUGGAGUGUCGUCAGUGCGGAUUGCUGGUACGACAAUCAAAGACAUUUGGAAGGAUCAGAAGUUGCAACAAGUGAACCAUGUCUGAACUGUACCUGUACCAGAAAUAUUCUUCUGUGUUAUUUACGUGUAUGUCCUAAGUUACCUGAUCCUCCCCCACCAGGAUGCAUCCUGCUCCAUAGACAUAGAACCUGUUGCCAAGAAUUAAUAUGUUCAGAUUUUUAUGAUGGAGGAAAUAGUCUGGAAAGCAGAUCGGAACCAGAACACCCUCUAGAGCUAUUUCCUGAAGAAACCCCAUCUUACGGGAAUGGCUGUAUAUCUGACGGAAGCAUCUACGCGCCAGGCUCUGCUAUGCAUUCCAGCUCGCUGUGUGAAUAUUGUUACUGUUUAGCUGGCAAACAAAUAUGUGUUAAACCAAAGUGUUUAAUGCAAAUGAAAGGCUGCGUACCGGAAUAUGAAGAUACAAGCUGCUGCCCUGUCAGAUACAAUUGUACCACGAAAAUAGAUGAAAUACGAGAAACCACUACACCAGUAACUGGUUCAGAUAAAGGUGGUUGUCUUAUAGAUGGUUUAUAUUAUCCAGAAGGGGUCAAAGUGAUCGGAAUAGGUCAUUCAGUUUGUGACAACUGCUAUUGCGUACAAGGUAUUCUUAGGUGUGAACCACUCUCCUGUGCACCUCCCCUUUUAGGCUGUACUCCUGUGAUCAGGCCUGGUGAAUGUUGUGCAGCCAGCUAUAACUGUAAUGGAACACUUGAAAUAGAAGCUGAACCAAACUAUGGGCUAUUUCCUACCAUAAGCAAAGAGUACUCGAAAUUUCGAAAGGAAGUACAAAAAAGACCGAUUCAAACUCGAAACGGGGUAGUUACGGUAGCGCCUCUUUACGCAUUAUCAGAUUCGUGGCUGGAUCCUACAACGAAAAUUAUUUCACAACGCAGUCCCGGAACAACACGACAUUUUUCUACUUCUAAUAUGAUGUUAAGUAGUACUGCAAAACCGCUAAAGGAAAGAUCUAGUGAUUCCGAUAUCUCUGCUGAAGAUGAUGAGCAGAUGAAUGAUACUAGAAAGACCACUUUUGGUUUAAAUAAGACUGAUAUCACCAAAAUGCAAAACGAUUCCUCGACAUUAUCUAUACAAAAUAAAGAAGAUUCAGUUGAUGAUAACUCCUAUCUUGAUUUGGAUAAACUAAAUAUUCUUAGUAUAGUCGACACACUUUUAGAUACUACAGUACAUAAAAUAGAAGAGGACAAAAAUUCUGAACUACAAAAUAAUACACAAUUAAAUGUAACUGAUUUACAUUUAAUUGAAGGCAACAGCAUUGAGAUUGCGCAUACAGAUCCUGUAACUGAAACUGAAAUAACAGAAACGACAUCAACAACUAUACAUUCUUUAGAAACAACAACGAACACUGAAGCAUAUGAUGAAACUACAACCACUUUUGUAGAUAGUACAACUAGUGCAGAAUUAGUAACAGUCAGAACAGUAAUUAAAUCCACAGACUGUAUUGAUAAUACUGAAGAUGUCUUAGACUCAGAGACAGUGGGCGAUGUAACUACGACAAUAAAACCAAACGAUGAUAACGAAAUAAGUUUAAGUGAAAGUCAGACUGAAACUACAACCACAUCUGAACCUUUGACAACUGAAUAUAAGGCUUAUCCAACAGCUGAAAUUAUAAAUAACUAUUCAAUCGUCAACAAUGUGAACAGCGUGUUAGGUUACCCAGAUAUAUCGGGCAAAAAUAAUAACACCAAAGAAGAAAAUUUAGACUAUGAUUACACUGAACCAACUCUGCCAAACGUAAAAAUAAUUCCAUUCGUAGCUGCUGAUGCUUUGGAUAAGGAUGAUGCUCCAGAACAUCCUUCGCCUGUAUACAUAAAUGAAAAGAUUGACCACGAUGGCUUUACUUAUAAUACAAACCUAUUUUCACCCCCAACUAAAACCGAAGGUGGCUUUGUCCCCAAAGAACCGCCCAUAUUACAGUCUUUUUAUGAUGAUACGUUUCCGUCAAGGAAAAAAAUUCCAACUGAUGCAAAUGUCAAUUGUAUUUUGGACAAUCAAGAAAUCACUCACGGAACACCAGUUCUUUCUGAUUCUGCAUGUAUGACGUGUAGUUGUUUUUAUGGCAGCGUAGUAUGUCAAAAACCAAAUUGCCCUCCACCGAGACCCGGAUGUAGAGAAGCGGAGAAACUAAGUGCUACUUUGUGCUGUCCAAAUUAUAUUUGUGGUUUCUUUUUAGACGAAUCUGUUGUACUGGAUAGGUAUGAUAUAAUCCCUGACUUGGUAACUGUAGCCGAAGGCAUUAUUCCUUCCGACCCUUUCAAUGAUGUCAUUAGAACAGAACCAGCACCGGACUUGCAAUCCCUAAUGGGCGACAUGAUGUCGUUGCAGAAAAUAAGCAGUGCUUCACCAAUAGAACAAGAAAUUUUCACUACUACACCAGGACCAGACACAGAAAAAUUAAAAGAAGAUGGUGACUUCUUCGAGCUGGAUAAAAUUUGGAAACUGAUAUUUUCCAAGGAAUCUAAAGAAAGUAACCCGAAGAAUUCUGAAGAAGCCUCAAAUAUUACAUCUAAUAAAAUUAAUCCUGUUAAAUCUUAUAAUACUUUAGAAACGCAUGAAAAAAUAAAUAAUUUAACUCAUGUUAGAACGGAAACUCCUACGGAUUUUAACAAUGAAACAGAUUUAUUAAAUCAAAACGAAAUAAAUAAUGAAAAAGAUGCCUCAAAUGGUGAGAAUAUGACGAAUUUACAGAAAACAGGCGGAAAUGUAAACAGUAACAUCGGUGUAGAUAUAUUAAAGUUAGCGGGAUGCAACAUUUAUGGCAGGAUGUACCGAGUAGGUAGAAUUAUUUCGGAGUUAUCUGGCCCGUGUUUAGAAUGUAAAUGUACAGAGAUUGGAGUGCAGUGCAGACAACUUAGCUGUUAACAUAUAAAGAGUCAAACCGAAAUUUCCCAAAGUUUAAUAUAAAACAAAAUAGAUAUCUUCAUUUGUCAUAGCUAUUUAUUUAUAAUCCGAUUUUAGAAUUAUAAUGUGCAAUCUUUAAAAAAUUACAGUUCUUUAAAAUUAAUCAAUUAUAUUUUUUUAUUUUGUCUCAUAUCAACAAGAUCUGCAUCAAGCUGAUUUUUUUUGUUAUGUUAGUUUGAAAUAUAUUAUUUUUCUCGUCACAUCAACAAAACCAAACUCAGAAAUUAUAGGUCCAUUUACAAUUUUCAAAAUUUUUAUUUGUAUAGCAGUUUUUCAAAUUUUUAAGUAACGCAGCACUGUUUUAAGAAACCAAAAGAUAGCAUACGAUUGAAAAAAUUGCCGUCAGAGUUGGCUUGGAAAUGACGAUCGCUGUCAUUUUAUAUGGAAAAUUAUAAUAUAGUAGUCGUCAAUUUCAAGCCAACUUGACGUCGCGCCGUACGGUAUUUCUUUUUAAAAAUUUGUAAAACUAUGCUGUGUCAAUAAAAUGAAAAUAAAAAAAUGACUAUAUAUUGUUAAUAAGUUAAUUAUUAUUAACCAAUAGGUCAUUACACAGGGAGAGCAAAAACAUUAUUUAUUUCCGUUUGCUAUAAAAUCGCUCAAAUCUUUGAUAUUUGAAAUUCGAUCAUGUAUAUUA